AUGGAGAAUCAAGAGGAUCGUGAGUCUGAACGUCUUCUGCGGAUCUGGCCGAAACUAAAAAGGAACAAACAAACGAAAACAGAGACAAAUCCAAAAGCAGAUAAACGAAAGAUCAAUCCUGUCCCUGGUCAACGAAAACGAUUCGAUGACGAAACGAGACGUGGACCAGGGGAACGACGUUGUUCGACUUGGUCUCUGGCUAGACGUACAGGGUCUUCACCCCACAACACCGAGGGUUGUCGAGUCGCACGAGAGAGUGUAACCCACGACGAGCCGAGUCUAUCGACCGGAGGAGAACCGGAGGGCGGAAGAGGGUCAGAGACGAGAAACACAAGAGGUACAAUGGCUGAAAUUGAUCUACCCUGAUGUCUCGUUUGUC